GCGAUGCGGUGGCCUUCGCACAGUACGAGAAAGAGGAUUGAAGGCGUCGCCGGUUUCCAAAUGCUUUCUUGACCCUCUCGGGCACCGGUAGGGAGAGCACUGGCGGCCGAGAGAAGGAGCGAGGGAGAAGGACGACAAAAUAUGCAAAUAAGACAUUGAAGACAAAGAGGGAGCGCGGGGGCGGGGGGAGAGGAAAGGCGGCUGUUACGUCACGGCGCUCCGCAGCCAAUCCUGAGCGACCGCGCGCCCAAUUCGAACGCCGGCGGCAAAGGAGCCACCGGCGCGCGAGGAAGAAAGAAAACCAAGGGGGAGGAGUUAAUCUCUGAGGAGCGCGAAGGCAGAAGAGCGCCUCUGUUUUGUCCGGCCCGCCCUGCCGUCCGCCUGCUCUUCGGUACCUGCACCGUGGUCUCCAUGGCGACCCCACCUAAGAGGAGCCGGGCCGAGAGCAUCAAGAAGAUCGCCAUAGAAGGCAAUAUAGCUGCAGGGAAAUCUACUUUUGUGAAUAUUCUCAAACAAGCCAGAGAAGAGUGGGAAGUUGUUCCAGAGCCUGUAGCAAGAUGGUGCAAUGUUCAGACUUGCCAAGAUGACUGUGAGGAAUUGACAGCCUCACAAAAGAGUGGUGGCAACUUGCUCCAGAUGAUGUACGAAAAGCCAGAGAGAUGGUCCUUUACUUUCCAGACUUAUGCCUGUCUGAGCAGAAUCCGGGCACAACUGAAAUCUCUUGAUGGGAAGCUCAAAGAGGCAGAGAACCCUGUUGUUUUCUUUGAAAGAUCUGUUUAUAGCGACAGGUACAUUUUUGCAUCUAAUUUAUACGAGUCUGACUGUAUGAAUGAAACAGAAUGGACUAUAUACCAAGACUGGCAUAACUGGAUGAAUGAGCAAUUUGGAUCUCGUCUUCAGCUGGAUGGUAUUAUUUAUCUCCGAGCUACCCCUGAGAAAUGCUUGAAUAGGAUUUAUGUGCGUGGAAGGGACGAAGAACAAGGCAUUCCUAUAGAAUAUCUGGAAAAGCUUCACUACAAACAUGAAAGCUGGCUUCAGCACAGGACGCUGCGAACAGAUUUUGACUAUCUACAAGAGCUACCAGUCCUAUCGCUGGAUGUCAAUGAAGACUUCAAAGGCAAUAAAGACAAGCAUGAAAAUAUGACUGAAAAGGUCAAAGAAUUUUUGAGCACUUUAUAGCCCUUCCGGAAAGUGAGCCGAAUCUGAGCUUUUCCCUUCUUCCGCGGCAUCUCGUUUUGUGUUGUUGACUCCGCUUCUGCUCCAGAUGUCCGAAGACAAAGUUCAGCUUCAUAGCAGCAAUCAAAUAUGACAAUGAACAAGUUUUAUAAUAUUUAUCUUGCAUUCAGAUUCCUUGUUUAGAACAGUUAGGGGUAUAUAGCAUUACAAAGCCGAGUUCAUGGGUCCCUAGGUCGCAGUGCUGAAGUAAUGCACUAAAGGCCAUUGGUUUUCCUUGAACAGAUCUUGCGAAACUUGGGGCGGAAUCUCAGGCCCCUUCCAUGCAGCUGAACGUGGGAGCUGCUGUUUGCCCUGCCCACGUGGUGGAACAUGCACACGCCCCUGUCGGAGGCACUUCACACACCACUGUGUGCGUUUCUGCUUACACACGUACAAGUGAAGUGGGCUGUAAAGAGCUAAGCUACAAGAGAUGGAUUACAUGAGGAGAUGUGAAGGGAGUCGCGAUUAGGGGUGUGCAAGGAAAAAACUUUCGGCUUUCUUGUUUCGGGAUUACCCGAAACAAGAUUCUCUACCGUCAUUAGCCGAAAGCCGAAACAAGAAUCUCUUUCGGGAUUCGGGAUUCGGCAUUAUUUCGGCAUUCUUUCGGGAUUCUUUCGGGUUUUUUUGCUGGGAAAAUGCCUCCGUCUUUCAGGACGCCUGGAGGAGGCAUUUUCC